UGGGACUUCAUCAAGAUAAGAAGCAAAAUGAGAAACCACACAGAACUAACAGAUUUUAUCCUCCUGGGAUUGUCAGAUGACCCACAGCUUCAGGAGGUGAUCUUUGUCUUUCUGCUUAUCACCUACAUGCUCAGCAUCACUGGGAACCUGACCAUUAUCACCCUCACCCUGCUGGAUUCCCACCUCCAGACCCCCAUGUAUUUCUUCCUCAGAAACUUCUCCUUACUUGAGAUUUCAUUCACAACUGUGAGCAUACCCAAGUUCCUGAGCACCCUGAUUACAGGAGAUAAAACUGUUUCCUUUAAUGAUUGUAUGGCUCAGUUAUUUUUUUUCAUUCUGUUGGGAGUCACUGAAUUUUACCUGCUGGCUGCCAUGUCCUAUGACCGAUACAUUGCCAUCUGCAAACCUCUGCAUUACAUGACCAUCAUGAAUCCCAGAGUCUGCAUACUCCUUGUCUUUGCUUCUUGGUCGGCUUCAUUCUUAAUCAUAUUCCCAUCACUCAUGCUGUUCAUACAGCUUGAUUAUUGUAAGUCCAAUGUUAUAGACCAUUUUACCUGUGACUAUUUCCCCUUACUACAUCUUUCUUGUUCAGACACUAGAUUCUUAGAGAUAGUGGGUUUUUCCUGUGCUGUUUUUACGUUAAUGUUCACAUUGGUGAUAAUAAUUCUGUCCUACAUAUAUAUCCUCAGAACAAUUUUGAAGAUUCCUUCUACUAGUCAGAGGACAAAGGCCUUUUCCACCUGUUCUUCCCACAUGAUUGUCAUCUCUAUCUCCUAUGGCAGCUGCAUUUUCAUGUAUAUUAACCCAGCAGCAAAAGACAGAGUGUCUCUGAGCAAGGGAGUUGCUGUGCUAAACACCUCGGUAGCCCCCAUGCUGAACCCCUUUAUUUACAGCCUAAGGAACCAGCAAGUCAAGCGAGCCUUCCUGGACAGGGCAAGGAAGAUUGUAUUUUUCUCAAGCAAAUGA